AUGGACUUCAGGGAUCUGCGCAUCGCCCGUGCUAUGGAGUUCGCCAUCCAUGAGAUCAACAACAGAACGGAUCUCCUGCCGGGUAUUACUUUGGGCUACGAGAUACAUGACUCGUGCGAGUCCGUACCGAAGGCGAUGAAAUUUGCACUUCAGCUUGCGAACGGCAUCGACCUGGUUUUCAAUUACACAAAUUUCUGUACAACGGCUGCAACCCCCACUGUACCUGCUGUCGUAGGAGAUUCUAUUACCAUCCCGUCAAUUAGUUUGGCCAGAACUCUCGGGCUUUUUGGAAUUCCACUGGUUAGUCAUUACGCAACGUGCGCUUGUCUGAGCGAUAAGAGGGAGUUUCCUACCUUCUUUAGAACCAUACCUAGUGACGCACACCAAGCGGUUGCACUGGCGAGAAUGGCGAAGUAUUUCGGCUGGACAUGGAUUGGAGCAGUGCGCAGCGACACGGAAUAUGGAAAUUACGGAAUGGCAGCGUUCCUAAAGGCUGCUCAGGAGGAGGGGAUCUGUGUGGAGUACUCCGAGGUGUAUUCCAGGACACAACCGCGCAGGAAACUGGAGCGAGUGGCAAAUAUCAUCCGCAGAUCUACAGCCCGUGUAAUAGUAGCGUUUGUUCAGUCAAGCGACCUACAGUUUCUUUUGGAUGAUCUGACACAGGAACCACCGACUGCGCUUCUCUGGAUGGGCACCUCAUGGAUCAUAAAUCCAGAAUUUUUGCGGUUUAACAUAUGCGCGGGUGCAUUAGGUUUUGGGGUCACCCGCACAAUACGUGACGAGCUCAAGAGAGUGAACUUCACCACAAAGAAUGGUUAUCAGGUCAGCUUUGAUUCCAAUGGAGAUCCUGUGGCUGUCUAUGAACUCAUAAACUGGCAGUUUCAGAAGGAUGGCACUUUAAAUAUGGUAACAGUGGGUGACUAUGAUGCAUCCAAACUGAGAGGACAGGAGUUCAGAAUGAGCAGUGCUAUCCGCUGGGUGGGAGGACAGACAGAGAUGACAGUGUCUGUGUGCAGUGAGAGCUGCCCUCCAGGCACCAGGAAAGCUGUGCAGAAGGGAAGGCCUGUCUGCUGCUAUGACUGUGUACCAUGUGCAGAGGGAGAGAUCAGUAACAAGACAGACUCUUUGGAUUGUGUGCACUGCCCUCCUGAGUUCUGGCCAAACACCAAACAAGACAGCUGCCUCCCCAAGCCUGUUGAGUUCCUGUCCUGGGAUGACACUCUAGCCAUCAUUCUGACAGGGUUCUCAAUCACUGGGGCCUUCAUGGCUGUGUGUGUUACUGCUGUCUUCUACAAACACAGGGCAUCUCCCCUCGUCCGAGCCAACAACUCAGAGCUGAGCUUCCUGCUGCUCUUCUCUCUGACUCUGUGUUUCCUCUGUUCACUUACCUUCAUUGGUCGGCCCUCUGAGUGGUCCUGUAUGCUGCGUCACACAGCGUUUGGGAUCACCUUCGUCCUCUGCAUCUCCUGUGUUCUGGGGAAAACAAUAGUUGUGUUAAUGGCCUUCAGGGCUACACUUCCAGGCAGUAAUGUCAUGAAAUGGUUUGGGCCUCCACAGCAGAGACUCAGUGUUCUUUCCUUUACUCUCAUACAGGUUAUUAUAUGUCUGGUUUGGUUAAAAAUAUCACCUCCAUUUCCCUUCAAAAAUCUAAAGCACUACAAAGAACAGAUAAUCUUGGAAUGUGACUUAGGUUCCGCUAUAGGUUUCUGGGCUGUACUGGGUUACAUAGGAUUCCUGGCUCUUUUAUGUUUUAUAUUGGCCUUUCUAGCACGGAAGCUGCCUGAUAAAUUUAAUGAAGCCAAAUUCAUCACAUUCAGCAUGCUCAUAUUCUGUGCAGUUUGGAUCACCUUUAUUCCAGCUUACGUCAGCUCUCCUGGAAAAUUCACUGUAGCUGUGGAGAUAUUUGCCAUUCUGGCUUCAAGCUUUGGUUUAAUUCUUUGUAUUUUUGCUCCCAAAUGUUUCAUAAUUGUGUUUAGGCCAGAGCAGAAUACCAAGAAGCACCUUAUGAGUAAAGUGCCAUCUAAACCUCUUUAA